AUGCGGGUGCAACCCCUGCCUGCUGGGCCACCGACGCCGCCCGUGCCACUCGUAUCUGGCGGGGUGGAGGUGCCGUCGAAUGCAGUAGUAGCAGCAGCAGCGCCUACCGCCUCGUCGUCCUCGUCGGUGCUCGUCGGCGCGCCUCAGCCGAUUCCGACUUUGGCGAGUAUAGCACCACAAGACGGGCAUGGCAACAUGAGCGUGGACGACGACGAUGAAGAUCUCUCGAUCAAUGAAAGCGAGGAGGGUGAUGAUGACGGCGAUGAAGACGACGAGGACGACGAGGACGACAACGAUGCAGGACACGGAGAAAGGGACCGGUCUCGAGCUACGACGUCGGCCUCGACUCUCGGCGCCACCACGGGCGGUCAGAAACCAACUCGAAGACUCGACUUACCCGAAGACUAUGAUCCUGAACUGUAUGGCGUCAGAAGAUCGGUCAGUGCUUGUUCUUUUCUGUCUCUUCUGCCUCGUGCUCGGCCGUACUCCGCAGCCCGCGCCAGUGUAACGCCGGCGCCCCAAAGUGGAACCCCUCCAUCUCCGAAGCCCUCGCUCCGGGAUCUGACCCUUCUCCCUGGCGAGAACUUGUCACUGAACUUGAGACUUUGCUUUGCUUACCUUCAGGGCCGCGCAUCACUGCCAAUCAAGGUCAAUCAGCUGCCAUCCCCAAGGAGAGUCGCCCGAGCUGCGUUGCUCAUCCGCCGAAAGAUCGUCUCUGUGCAGGUCCCCGACGACGACGAGGAUUCGUCCAGUGCCGAGCCACCGAGCCGGAGCGAUAGAGGGAAAGGGAAAGGUACGUCGAUAUAACCACCACCAUCAUCACUGAACGCUGCUCAUCAAUUCGCCCUACUUUUGCGUCUUUGCCUUGAUUGGGGUUCAGGCAAAGCAAUCUCCAGCACGUCUCGCAUUGCAAGCACCUCCGAGGACCAGUCGGCCAGCUCGUCGUCGUCGUCGUCGUCAUCAUCCGAGGAAGACGAUGAGAACGACAAGGGUUACACCACCAAGAAAAAACAACCGACCCGAAUCACAGCGCCCACCUCGAGGAGAACGACAAGCAAGAGCACCAAGGCUUCCAAGGGGAAGGGGAGAUCGACUUCGGACUUUGACAUGCCGAGGAUCUCGUCGAGGAAUGGAAAAGCGCUACCAAACUACAACGAGAAGCACAUGGAAGUUGACCUGAGUGAUGAUGACUUCGAUGUGGGGCACGGCUAUGUGAUUGAAGGGAAAAGUGAGUCAAGAGAGUCGUGCUACCAAGAACCGAGGUGGUCGCGAGCCGUGAACUGAGCUUUUCCGUUGCCGCUGUCGCCUCUAGACGACGAAGACGGUAUCGAUGGUGUGUUCUCAUACAAGAGGGAUGGCGAACAUGGUCAGUGCUAGCUUGGUCGGUCUUCGUAUGCUGUGCAGCCUUUGUCUAAUCGCAGAUUUUCGGCUGUCUUGAAACAGAGGACGAUCCUAAAGACGAGCCGAGUCGAAAUCUGCGGUUCCUGGUCAAGUGGCAGGGUUACUCACACAUUCACAACACCUGGGAGACCUACGAAUAUCUGAAACGUUUUAAGGGCUUCAAGCGCGUCGAGAAUUUCAUCAAGACGGUGUGGGCGACCCGCCAGCGCAUCCUCAACGACCCGGCCACGAACCGCGAGGACCUCGAAGCACUGGAGAUCGAGAGGGAGCGUCAGGCCGAGCAGCUGGAAGGGUACAAGCGGGUCGAGCGCAUCGUGGCGCAACGCAACGCCCCCGCCAAUGCCGACAUCGAUCAUGAACACCUGGAAUACCUUUGCAAGUGGUGGGGUUUGGCUUACUCGGAGUGCACAUGGGAAGACCACGACAGCGUUCGGUCGAUCGCUGCGCCAGCAAUAGAGUCCUUCCUCGAACGCGUUGGAUCAGCCCAUCUACCUCACAAGAGCACGCACUACGGCAAAUCAAGACCGCCGUUCAGGAAACUGGUCGAGCAACCCGAUUAUAUUCAAGGCGGCACGCUGAAGGAGUUCCAGAUGACGGGGCUCAAUUGGCUCGCGUAUCUAUGGUCGAGGGGCGAGAACGGUAUUUUAGCCGACGAAAUGGGACUUGGGAAAACGGUGCAGACAUGUUCGUUCCUGUCAUACCUCUUCCACGAACGACAGCAGUACGGACCCUUCCUGGUUGUCGUUCCUCUGUCGACGCUGCCGGCAUGGCAGAUGCAGCUGGCGCAUUGGUCCCCCGAUCUGAACGUUAUCGCUUACAUGGGGAACGGGCCCAGUCGUAAGACGAUCCGCGAUCACGAGUUUGGCGAUCGUCGCAAGCCCAACUUCAACGUCUUGCUGACGACGUACGAGUUCGUGCUCAAGGACAAGUCGGACCUGGGCGCGCUCAAGUGGCAGUACAUGGCGAUCGAUGAAGCGCAUCGACUCAAGAACAACGAGUCGCAGCUUUAUGAAGCCCUCAUGAGCUUUAGUGCGGCCGCGAAGCUGCUCAUCACGGGGACACCGCUCCAGAACAACGUCAAAGGUCCGUACUGGCCGUGACUGCCUAAUCGCGCUGACCGCGCGUGGGCUCGUUGCUAAUUUGGCGUGAGCGGUCUACAGAACUUCUCGCGUUGAUGCACUUCCUUUCGCCGGACAAGUUUGAACUCGCGGGCGAUUUCGAUCUCAAUGACGAGGAGAAGGAGGAAAAGAUCCGCGACCUGCACAGCAAGCUCGAAUCGAUCAUGUUGCGCCGACUCAAGCGCGACGUCAUCAAGGAGCUACCGACCAAGAGCGAACGCAUCCUCCGCGUGGAGAUGUCCACGAUGCAGAUGUGGUGGUACAAAAACAUCUUGACCCGCAACUACCAGGCAUUGAGCAGCUCGAAUCCGGGUGUGUCGUUGCUCAACAUCGCGAUGGAGCUGAAAAAGGCGUCGAACCAUCCGUUCCUUUUUGAAGGCGCCGAGAUCAGGUCGGAUGUCAGGGAGGAGACACUCAAAGGGCUGGUGAUGAACAGUGGUAAGAUGGUUCUGCUCGACAAGUUGCUGGCAAGGUUGAAGGCGGAUGGACAUCGUGUCCUCGUGUUCAGCCAGAUGGUUCGAAUGCUGUGAGUGGACUCGGAGCCUACUUAUUUUUGGGGUCGUACGUGCUGACGAUCGCUCAUUCGUGUUGUUCUUCAGCGACAUCUUGUCCGACUAUUGUGCUCUUCGAGGCUAUUUGUACCAACGGCUGGACGGCACCGUGCCAUCCGAGACGCGUCGCAAGGCCAUCGAGCACUACAACGCGCCCGAGUCCCCCGAUUUCGUCUUUCUGCUCUCGACCCGCGCCGGUGGCCUAGGCAUCAACUUGGAAACCGCCGACACGGUCGUCAUCUUUGACAGCGAUUGGAACCCGCAGAACGAUCUGCAAGCCAUGGCUCGCGCUCAUCGUAUCGGGCAGAAAUCGCAUGUCAACGUUUAUCGGUUCGUGACCAAGGAUACAGUCGAGGAGGAUGUCUUGGAAAGAGCUCGGAAGAAAAUGGUGCUUGAAUAUGCUAGUAGGUUCGCUCUACGAUCUGUCUUCCUUGUGCCCGGUGUAUGUGGGCUGACACCAAUCCGUUCACGUGCGCAGUCGUCAACCAGAUAGACACGAGUGGUACGAAUCUUGGCGCGGCCGCAUCUUCGCGACCGGACAACUACACGCGCGACGAGCUAUCUCAGAUUCUCAAAUUUGGAGCAGCUAACAUCUUCAAGCAGGAUGCCGGUCAAACCAAGCUCGAAGAGAUGGAUCUCGACGAAGUCAUCAAUGAAGCCGAGGCGUACGAGACCGCCACGGGAGCAACGGGGACCUCGCUCGGCGGCGAAGAGUUUCUGAAUCAAUUUGCGGUACAGGACGUCAAAGCCGACAUGACGUCGUGGGAAGACAUCAUUCCCGCCGAUAUCCGUGCCGAGGCCGACGAGCAGCGCGUCAAGGAAGAAACGGAAGCGGCGAUCGCGGCGCAAACACAACGGAGGGCGGCAGCCCAAGUCGCGCCUGGAGCGUACCAAGGCCAACAAGGCUCCCGAGCAGAUUCACGGAGCUCAUCUCCUGCUUCGGACAAGGAUUCGGUGAAGGGUGAAGGAGAGAAAAAGAAGCGGGGCCCUCGCAAGACCGAGGCGCAGCGAGCGAUGGAGCUCAAGGAUCGUGAUUUGCGCAUGCUCGUGCGAGCUUUGCAGAGGUUCGGCGACAUUCGACAUCGGUACGACGCGAUCGUCAAAGAUGCUCGACUCGAGAACAAGAACCGCACGGUCGUGACGCAGAUGAUUGACGACGUGGUCAAGAUUUGCAAAGAUGCGAUCGAGGAGAAGCGGCAGUUGCUGGAGACGAAACGGUUGGCGGGCGAGGAGGUCACUGUGGCGAUGAAAAACAAGGCAGUGCUUGUGUCGUACAAAUCUAUCACAAACAUCAACGCCGAGACGGUGUUGCAGCGCGCGGCUGAGCUCAGGCUAUUGCAUCAAUGCAAGUGAUUCAGCAGUGUUUGCGAUUUUGUGGGCCUGACAGCUAAAGAACAGUUGCUCAAACAGAUCUUAACCCUUUGCCCGACCCGUCUGCGUGGGUGUUCCCGAUCGAAGACACCAAAGCGACGCUUAACUGGAAUUGCGAGUGGGGAGUCGCCGACGACGCCAAGUUGAUGAUUGGAGUUUGGCGCCACGGGCAUGGGAUGUGGGAAGCGAUCGAGAACGAUCCGCAGUUGGGCUUGCAAGGCAAGUUCUUCCUCGAGGAUGCUAAGAUCAAAGCCGAGGACAGCGCGAAGCGGCAACUGCCCAAUGCGAUCCAUCUCGUCCGUCGCGCCGACUAUCUACUUCAUCUCCUGCUCGAGACGCAUCUGGCCAACCGACAAGGUGGUGAUUCGUCGUCGACCCCUCUGCUGACGAAAUCAGCCGGAGCACCUCGCCCCAAGAUUGCAGCUGGGGAUCGCAUACGAGACAGCUUGGGAACCACGUCGUCGAAAGUCCCCAAGCCACACAAGGGGUCAACCUCGUCGUCAUCGAAGCCAAAGAAACCUGUAGCACCCGAUUCCAGUUCUGACGAUGACUCUGUCUACGCGAGUAUGGACGAGGCCGAGUGCAAAGAUCUCCUGCGACCCGUAAAGCGUGAGCUCAAGCGGCUCAAGUUGGAUACGCAAGACUACUCACGCGACGAAAAGGUUGCGCACCUCAAGGAGUGCCUUUCGGCGAUUGGUCAGCGGAUUGAAUACACUGCGAACCUCGAGGAAUCAAGUCGCAGCAAGGAGAAGCGUCGCAAGCACCUCUGUGAGCCCUUUAUUUCUUCGCGGGAUCAACUCGGCUCGAUGCAGUAUCGCUGAUUUAGAGUUUUGCCUAUAUCACAGGGAAAUGGACGACCCAUUUCUUCCCUCGGAGGGUCCAAACCGACCGCCUUCGAUCAAUGUACGAGAAAUUGACGGGCCGGACUUCGAACGCACCGGCAGCAACCUCGGCCCCCUCCACCCAGCCACACCCCUCUGCCAGUGGGGGUCUGCCCUCGAUCAAACGCAAGUCGACAGACGACGAUCCGAGUCACAAGAAGCCAAGACUGUCAGAAAGCGGCUCUGGUUCGCGUCCCUCAGCGACCCCGAGUUCGGUCGCUUCGCUGCCGACGAUCCCUCGCGCGAGCAAUGGUGGACAUCGUAGCCCACAUCUUCACCAGCAAUCGCAGUCGCACCACUCUUCGCAUCAGGCUUCCCCCUCGUCGUCGUACCCUCCGUCUAG